GGAAAUUGUUGGUCACUUUUUCUUAUAGAAGCUCGAAGUACUAGGAAGUGUUGACUCGAUCGAGCACCGGGAAACAGUCAUUUUCGAAUUAUUACUACUAAGGCCAUUCCAAACUUAAAUUUGGCUCAGAAGAUUUUUGGUUAUAAGUUGGGUAUAAGCUUGAAGAAAGAUGCUUGCAUUUUAGCAAAAACUGCUGAAGAUAUCAGAAGUUAUCUCACCGAAAACAAUAUGGCUCCUUUAUACAAAGAUUUAAUUAAUGAAUUCAACUGGCCCAAAGACUUGGUUCUGUUAGAAGUAAUGGAAAACGAUAAUGAAAAAGAAUUAUCAAGACUAACAGCCGUUUUAGAGGACGCUAUAGAAAAUUUAGGUGAGACUGAAAUGCGAGAUGCUAUGGUCGCGCGAGCUGAAUAUUUAUGUUUUAUAGGAAAUAAGGAUCUAUGUCUGGAGUACUUUGAGGAAGCGUUAAAGAAAAGUGCUUCAGUCGGUCUUCGUCUCGAUAUCGUCUUCUCCAUAAUAAGGACUGGCUUUUUUUAUAUGGAUCACGAGCUGAUUACUAAAAAUAUAAAGAGGGCCACUAACCUCGUUGAAGAAGGCGGAGACUGGGAUAAAAAAAACAGGCUUAAGGUUUAUCAAGGUCUUUACAAAAUGUCCAUUCGAGAUUUUUCCGGAGCGGCUCUGCUUUUUUUAGACACAGUGUCCACUUUUGUAGCGUACGAAGUUCUGGACUACGACACUUUUAUGUUUUACACUGCCCUCUGCUCGUUGCUAGCUUUGGACCGAGUGACUUUGAGCAACAAACUUUUAAAAUGCCCGGAGCUCGUUCAAGCUUCUAUGAAAAAACCGCUAAUCAAGGACUUUAUGGACUCUUACUACGGCUGCAAAUAUUCUACAUUUUUUAGUAAUCUUGAAAAAGUAGAGCAGGAAAUUAAAUACGACCGCUAUCUUAAUGCUCACUACCGAUAUUACGUGCGAGAGAUGCGCGUUGCAGCAUAUAACCAACUGCUUGAGUCAUACAGUAGCGUGACCCUAAAGUCCAUGGCCAGCUCCUUUGGUGUUUCGGAAGAUUUUAUUGACAAAGAGCUUUCUCGCUUCAUCUCUGCAGGACGCCUCAAGUGCAAAGUUGAUAAGGUUGCUGGGAUCGUCGCCACUAACAACAGUGCGUCAGACACUAAUUUUUACCAGCAAAUCCUAAAGCACGGCGACUUUCUCUUAAACCGUGUUCAAAAGCUAAGUCGUCUGGUCGACGUGUAAUAAUACAGUUUAGCACUCUAAACAAGCAUAAUAAAGUUGCCACACAUUAA